AUGAAGAACAACAGCUCCCCAGAUGCUCUUUUCCUCGCGCCGCCGCAUUCUCAUGAUCCCAAUGAUGUUUCUCAUGUCGCGGCAUUGCCAUCUUCCAUGUUGAUGCAGCUUCCGGAAGCCGUGCAAGACGCGCUGUGGACGUUGCAGGAGUCGACCUCCAUUGUCUACGCUUCUUACAUGCGGCUGCAGGAACUGGUGGACGAGCGCUUCGAUCGCCUGAUUCCACUGCCGGGCCAAUCAGGAUCAGGAUCCACGAGCUUCUCUGAAGGCGCGUUUUUCAACUAUGUGAAUCAUGUAGCAGCCGAGCGCCGCUACCUUCUCGAGGACGCCCAUCCAGACUGGAAACACAAGGCCUCUCGUGUGGGCCUGCAACAAUACGGCGACCUAGUCAUCACCUUCCGCGGCAAGGAGAUGACGGUGGCCGAGUGGUUUUCUCAACUGAAAGAAGCAGAAGCGUUUUGGCUGCAAGAAGCGGCGCAAACGGAGCUUCCAGACUUCGAAUCGACGGUUUCCGAGUAUUGGUCUCUAUCGUCAACCCCAACCAGCGAGACGUCAGAUGCAAGCGAUGGUCUGCUGGGUAUGGCGGUGCCCACCGGAAGGAAACCGGUGAACUCUCAAGGGCUGGGGCUAGAGUUUCCAACAGCGAGCUCAUUGGAGGCUCUUUAG